GUGCAGUUAAGAAAGGUUGUUGGUUGUUUCGUUCACCGAAUCGCUAAUUCACUAAAAUGUCAUCAGCGAUUAACACAUUUAUAAUCAGCACAUUAUCGGUAGCACUAAUUUUUCUAACCAUCGAGUGUGAAGCAAAAUUUGACUCUUUGGUCGAAAAGCUGGCAAGAGGAGAUAAAUAUUCAGUAGUACCAGGGAACAAUAGCAAGCCUUUUAAGGAAUAUAUUUUUCACGUCAACGUCACAAGCCCUAAUAUGUCCGUUAGGCUGCCAUGCGGUGCUCAAAAAGUUUAUCAUUUUGCACAUUUUUCCUGGACGAAAGAUCGACACUCCGUUGCAUUAAAAUAUUAUAAAAAUAAGUACUCUCUGUUAGUGCGAAACCUCAACAUUGCUGACAGUGGAAUAUAUAGUUGCAUGAUAUGCAGCUAUGCAAAGUGUACUAGUUCAAAUGUAAAAUUAGUGGUCAACUCUGGAACUAUCAUGCGUAACCAAACAGUGCCUGCUGGAUCUGAUGCAGUGUUCAACUGUUUUAUUCCAUAUGCUGAUAAUCAGAACUAUGAAACAGUUGUUUAUAAAAAGAGUGCUGUAGACACGGAAGAAAUGCAUUUCAGGAGGGCAAAGCAUAAUCAUACAUUUGAAAGAGUUACCAAAACAGCUGAGGGUUGGUAUACGUGUUUGAUAAGAGAACCGAAUACUGAUAAAAUAAUUGCAAAUGAAAGUGCAUAUUUGGAAGUUGAUGAUAGUAAUCAGAACAGUUCUGGAACAACCCUAAUAAUAAUCUCCAGCACACUAAUCCUGCUGAUAGUGAUAAUGAUUCUGCUAUCGGUCUGGUGGUUCCGAAAGGAACCCACGAAAGAAUACGACGAACACAAGAUCAAACUUGUGACGGUGUCCAAGAAGACAUCGAAUGACUCACCGAAAGGUUUUCCAAAACCGGUCGUCCGGGUCAGGGGACAAACUAUAAUGUUGGAGCGAAACAAGGACAACUCGGCUAAGGUGUUCAAGUACAAGUUUCCGUACGAUUCAAAGUGGGAACUUCCACGUGAGAAGCUGGUCUUGGGAACAAUGUUGGGGAAAGGAGUGUUUGAGAAGGUGUUUCUGGCGACUGCGAGUGGAUUGGUUGGAGGAGGUGUCGCUGAGGUGGCAGUUAGGAUGUUGAACGCUGAACAUAGCGAUGAAGACGUGGAGGACUUGGUGCACGAUUUGGAGGUUAUGAAGAUGGUUGGACGUCAUCCAAAUAUCGUCAACUUGUUGGGAUGCUGUAGCAAGGAUGGAUCACUGUACGUAAUCGUACACUAUGCAGCUCAUGGAAAUCUACAAGGCUUCUUGAGAAAGCAUCGCUUUGAGUCAGAAAUCGACCAGGAUGACAAGUCGGUAGCUUCUCAAAACCAACUGAUUUCAUAUGUGGCCCAAAUCGCUUCCGGAAUGGAAUACCUCGCCUCAAUAGACUGCGUCCAUCGCGAUCUGAGAGCUCGGAACGUCCUGGUCUGCGAAGGUUACACCAUGAAGAUCACCGAAUACGGUCGAGAUGUCUACAAUCUGGACCGUUUCCCCAAGACUUCGUCCGGAAAGGUUCCGAUCCAGUGGAUGGCACCGGAAUCGCUGCUGGAGUGCACCUUUGACGAGAAGAGCGAUGUCUGGUCGUUUGGGGUGACGUUCUGGGAGGUCAUGACCAUCGGUGGAUAUCCACUUCCGGAAUUUGCGGACUGUGAACAGUUGAUUGAGUUUUUGAAGGAAGGAAAUCGUUUGUAGCAACCGAGGAGCUGCUCUGAUAGUGUUUAUGCGAUCAUGAGUGAUUGUUGGCAGUUGCAGGCUGAGAAUCGUCCAACGUUUAGAGAAGUUGUUCAACAAAUGAAACAACUUCCAUACACAAUUUUGCUUGAUGGUUACAGUAAAGUGCAUGAUGAAAAUGAUAGUAGUCGGGAUUCGUAUGCAUCCAUUCAUGAAU